CCCAUAUAUGUCUUUCGAUUUAACUAUCCUUCACUGUUUCUUCCAUCACUAAUGUCAGAGUCACAUGUGCGUUAUAUCUGUCAUACACCAAGCGGAACAGACUCACCCUUUUGUGAAAUUUUCAUCACUAUCUGACACUGAUUCAUCAAUUUGCUAUUCCACAAUAUAGAUGGGUACAAGAUACAAAUGUAGCAGGAUAAACUAUACACAUCAUAAACAGAUACUUCCAUGUCUCUACAUAUCUCCCAGAAAUAUAUUGAACAGAAUUGUUCGAAAAUGUUUAUUUUUCUCGUAUUUUCCAUCCUCUGAAUCCUCACAAUCGACAGAAGAAGAAGAUGACGACGACGACAACGAUAGCGAUGAUGAUGAAGAAGAAUCCGAGUCAGCAGAAGAAAAUGGGAACAAGGAAGAAGAGUCGUCCUCUGAAUCAUCCCCGAGUCAUCGGAAUCGGCAGAAGAAAAUGAGAGCGAAUAAGCGAUACUUGAAUAGAGGACUAAACACCUCGGAGACCUCCCUUUAUCAGGAAGACCAAACACUCAUUUGACAUUAUAAUUGUAUGUACAAAUAAAUAGUUUGUGACAUAAUG